AUGCAAACUCCGCUACGUCCAACAAUUUUCCCGGAGGGCAUAGAAGGGUCUCAGACCGCGGAUUCCAGUAUAAAGGUAGCAUGCGGCCGCGAUUCAAGCGGUAGAGCAAGCGGAUCACCCCCUGAUCGUGAGCGCCGGCUUCAUCAACGGGAGAAGCAAUUGUCUUUUGGGUAUGCGACCGAAGGGUACAACAAUAUGAUUAAGUUGGUGGAGCACGAUCCCUUAUUAAAAAGUGGUGGAAUUAUCCCCCUCUCACCCCCUGACGUCAACAAGGGAAGUAAAAGAGUUUGGGAUGUUUCGUUACGGAAGUGGCGUCGGGCGCUGCAUAUGUUUGAUUGCGUAUUUAUUGAGGGGGAGGAUGAAAACAAGAAGACACUUGAGAGUGUAAUAGAAGAUCAACGAUUGCAGUGGGUGAGUACCGCAUAUUCCGGCAGGCGGAAAGAAGAUCGCGUAAAGGUUUCUGCCAGUACGAUCACAAAUGCUCAGAAUUCUCCUCACGUUUGCAAGAAGCUGCAUGUUGAGGAGUGCCUGAAAGUAAUUCUUCGUGAGGAAAGUUGCUAUGAACCUGUUGGCAACGUCGUUCCAGUAUCUGCUUCAUCAUUACUUAAAGGUGCUGAUAUAUCCCCUGCAGAUGCAGGCAUCAAGAUUUUUGUCGCGCCGUCUCCACAGAAUCAGUGCAAACAAACUCCUGUUCGAUCCGGUGCAGUUUGUUCGCGUGUGGCUCCUCGGUGUCUCAAUUUUGACUCAUCUACGCCUAUGCAGAGUAAAGUGCCCCUGAAUGGUGUACAGGAAGUUAAACACCUUCAAAGUUGUGUUCCGCCGCAGCCGAAAGAAAAUAAAAACAUAUGGGUAACGCCAACGAUGUGGGUGGACGAUGGCGCGCGCACUUCACCUUUUACAUCAAUUUACCAACCACCAGUGUUGGAGCAAGUGAGUGAGGUUCAGCAAACUCCUCUAAACUGGAAUCUUUUUAUUCCUCCUCAGACAUAUGUGUGUACGCCCCAACCAGCAACUGCACCGGGAAUCGUUUUCGACAAAUUUACUCCGAACACUGCUCCGAGGCGGCUUACGAUCCUCAGGGAUAGUAAUACAAAGUCACGAGGUGGCGAAGUGGACGUGCUGAAGAGAAAUCUUUUCCCUAACAGUGUAAUGUCACCAUCCCACACUGAUUCACUGGAAAAGGUAUUUCACCCCAACACACCGUUAACCCGUUCGUGUGUACGUGGCGAAGUGCCUGAAAUAGAAGCAAACAAACCAACGGGUGCUGAUUGUGCCCAACAGAUAUUAUUCACAGAGUAA